GGAAUUGAAUGCAAAAGGCAGUAUGAUCUAAGCAGGACGACGGAAGAAAAAGAUCUGAGGAAUUUUUGUAGAGAAAGAGCGAGCGUUAAGAAAAAUAAAUAAGAAAAAGGAAGAGAAUCAUGGUAGGAAAAACAGCAGAGGAGAUGGCCAUGACGGGCGGAGGCGCUGGCGCUGUGCGGAGCGUGUGGGGCGGCGGAGCAGCGCACGGUGUCGCUGCAGGCUCAGGAACGGCGUGCGGGCGGCUCCGCCCCGGUGCGGCGGAGAGCCCGGCUGUGAGCGCGGGGGGGCGGCGCGGGCCGGGCAGCAGAGCCGCUGCGUGCGGGCGGCGGCGGGAGCCGUGCGGGGCCCGUGCCGGGGCCGGCACCAACAGCGGCCACAGCGGCCACAGCGGCGGCGGCGACGGCGGCAGCGAUGGGCUCGCGUUGGUGCGCGGCGCUGCUGCGGGUGCUGGUGCUGCAGGCGGCCUGGGCGCUGGCGGGCGGGCAGGUGCGGUACUCGGUGGCGGAGGAAGCCAAGGCCGGCACGGUGGUGGGCCGUCUUUCGCAGGACCUGGGGCUGGAGGCGGGCGAGGCGGAGGCGCGGCGGCUGCGGCUGGUGGCGCAGGGCCGGCGGGCGAGCGUGGAGCUGAGCGGGGCGAGCGGCGCGCUGCUGGUGAGCUCGCGGCUCGACCGGGAGGAGCUGUGCGGCAAGAGCGCGCCGUGCGCGCUGCGCCUGGAGGUGCUGCUGGAGCGGCCGCUGCGCGUCUUCCAUGUGGAGCUGGAGGUCACCGACAUCAACGACAAUGCUCCCAUCUUCCCCGCCGCCCGAAAAAAACUCAGAUUAUCGGAGAACACCCCUCCCGAGACUCGUUUCCCGCUGGAGGGCGCGUCGGAUGCGGAUAUCGGAGCGAAUGCGCAGCUCUCCUACACACUGAGCCCCAGCGAGCAUUUCUCUCUGGAUUUACAAAAAUCGAAUGAUGAACCUGAACUCGUUUUAACGAAAUCUCUGGACCGCGAGACGAUUCCAGUUCACCGGCUGGUGCUGACGGCGAGUGACGGGGGCCGGCCGUCUCUGACAGGGACAAUGGAGCUGGAGAUCUCGGUGGUGGAUGUGAACGACAACGCGCCCCAGUUCAACCAGUCCGUGUAUAAAGUGCAGCUGCCGGAGAACGCUACAGAGGGGACGCUGGUGACGAGGGUGAAUGCCACGGAUGCGGACGAGGGAAUUAGCAGUGAGGUGACCUAUGCCGUGACGAACGUCAAUCCUGCUAGUGGAAAAGAUGUAAUUUCUGUCAAUCCGAAUACCGGGGAGAUUCAUCUCACGGGUGCUCUAGACUUCGAGGAAGUCAAAGUAUUUAAUUUUCGUAUUGAGGCCACAGACAAAGGGACACCCCCACUGUCGGGUCACUGCAAGGUGGUGCUGGAGGUGCUGGACGUGAACGACAACGCGCCGGAGGUGCGGGUGACGUCGCUGUCGGUGCCGGUGGCGGAGGACGCGGCGGUGGGGACGGUGGUGGCGGUGCUGAGCGUGUCGGACCGGGACUCGGGGGCGAACGGGCGCGUGCGGUGCUGGGUGUGGCCGGCGUCGCCGUUCGGUGUGGAGGCGACGUUCUCGGGCUCGUACUCGCUGGUGCUGCGCGAGGCGCUGGACCGGGAGCGGGUGUCGGAGUACGAGGUGGAGGUGCGUGCGGAGGACGGCGGGGCGCCGGCGCUGCGCGCCAGCCGCGGGCUGCGGGUGCCCGUGUCGGACGUGAACGACAACGCGCCGGCGUUCGCGCAGGCCGUGUACACGGUGCUGGCGCGGGAGAACAACGCGGCGGGCGCCGAGCUGGCGCGGCUGUGGGCGCGGGACCCGGACGAGGCGGGCAACGGGCGCGUCAGCUACUCGCUGUGGGAGGGCGGCGCGGGCGCGCUGUCGCCGUCGUCCUACGUGUCGGUGGACGCGGAGAGCGGGCGCGUGUGGGCGCUGCAGCCCUUGGACUACGAGGAGCUGCAGGUGCUGCAGUUCGAGGUGCGCGCGGUGGACGCGGGCGAGCCGCCGCUGAGCGGCAACGCCACGGUGCAGCUGUUCGUGCUGGACGAGAACGACAACGCGCCGGCGCUGCUGCCGCCGCCCGCGGGCUCGGCGGCCGAGGCGGGCGGCGCGGCGGCCGAGGCGGCGGCGGCGGGCUGGGGCUCGGGCACGCUGUGGGCGUGGGCGGCGUGGGGGGCGCCGGCGGGCCAGGUGGUGGCCAAGAUCCGCGCCGUGGACGCCGACUCGGGCUACAACGCGUGGCUGCGCUACGAGCUGCGGGAGGCGCGGCCCAAGGGCCCGUUCCGCGUGGGGCUCUACAGCGGCGAGGUGAGCACGGCGCGGCCGCUGGACGAGGCGGACGGCGCUCGCCACACGCUGCUCAUCGUGGUGCGCGACCACGGCGAGCCGGCGCGCUCGGCCACGGCCACGCUCAGCGUGUCGCUGCUGGAGGCGGCCGAGGCGGCGCUGGCCGCGGCCGCGGGAUCGUCGUCGUCGUCGUCGUCGUCGUGGCGGGCGGCGCCGGGCGCCGAGACGGGGCCCAGCGGAGCGAGUGCGGCCACCAACGUGUGGCUGGUGGUGGCCAUCUGCGCCGUGUCGAGCCUGUUCCUGCUGGCCGUGGUGCUGUACGCGGCGGCGCGCUGGGCGCCGCGGGCGGCCGUGCUGUCGGCGCCCGGGCCCACCACGCUGGUGUGCGCCAGCGAAGUGGGCAGCUGGUCGUACUCGCAGCGCCACAGCCGCAGCCUGUGCGUGGCGGACGGCGCGGCCAAGAGCGACCUCAUGGUUUUCAGCCCCAACUUCCCUCCGCCGCCGCCUGGCGCCGCGCCCAAGGACCCGCAGCCGGAGCCCUCCGCUCUCCUCCACACGGUCAGUGCAGAUCCCUCCCUCGCCUUUUCUCUUUCUCUCCCCACUCUGCCGAGUGUCCCCCGCCCCCUUUGCAGUUCCUGCUUUUACCGUGAUUCCGCCCCCGCGGCCUGAGGGCAGCGUAAUUUU